AUGCGGGGCGCACGGAGCGGGCCGGGCGCACGGAGCGGGCCGGGCGCACGGAGCGGGCCGGGCGCGGAGCGGCGUCCCGCGGGCGCGCAGCCCGCGCAGUGGGUGCUCAUUGCCCCAGAGGCUGCUCUUGACCCCCCUAAGACACCUGACAGCGAACCCUUGUUUACAAAACUGCGCAACCCAAGCACAGGGGAAGCAACCCUUUACUUAUUCAAUAGUGGUGCACAGCAGCUGUUUGAAGUAAAAGCUUUUCACGAGGAAUGUCGUUCCUGGUUUAUAGGUCAGACUGUUCAACAGGAUGGGCGCCUGCUGUUUGUUACACCAAUGGAUCCCUUAUUUCUGAUACUUUACUACCUCAUAAAGGCAGACAAAGAGCAGCAAGGAAAGUUCCAGCCACUUGAUCAAGUUGUGCUAGACUCAGAGUACCCUAGCUGCCCAUUGCUGCUGAAGUGUGCAGAUGUUAAACAGUACAUACAGCACAUAACAGAAGAAAAAGAGAUUGGCAGUCAGAAAUUCCACAAAUACAGCCAAGAGAAGACACUGAAGUGGUUAAAGAAAAAGGUUAAUCAAACAGUGAAAGCACUUAAAAGCAACAAUGUAUCAGUAGGUGAAAGAGUGCUUGCAAGUACAUUUAUCAACAGUAAACAGAUCACAGAUGCUCAGGAAGACUAUGUACGGUAUGCCCAUGGGUUAAUAUCAGAGUAUAUUCCUGAAGAUCUGAGUAAGGAGUUGUUAAAAUACUUAGGGCUCCCAGAAUUUAGAAGCCCAGAACCAGAGCCACCACUGAAGAAAAGAAAAUUGUCAGAUGUCCCUGUGGAACCACAAGAAGACUAUACUAAAUUUAACAGCGACAAUCUGAAAACCAAAAAGGCAAACACCAAGAUGUCUGCAGCACAGAAGGCUCUGGCCAAAGUUGAUAAGAGUGGAAUGAAAUCCAUUUCUACUUUCUUCAGCUCCAAACCUAAAACAUCAAAAUGAAGACUUGUUCUUGAAAUAAUUUUAUACAGUGGCUAUUUUUAUGUUAAGCUAAAAAUGUCUCCUGCAGAUUUUUGUUAGUAUAGUGUAUCAGGGCAUGUCUGGGUAUGAGUGUCAUGGAGAGGUCUGUGAGCUGGCAGGGCACAAAGCUGUUGGGCCUUAGUGAGACUAGGCAGUACCAUGAUAACUGAUUUUCCAGCCUGGACUGGGAAGAUGGCUCAGCUGCAUUACUAUGGUGCUGUGAGCUAGAAGCAAGGCUUAGCAGGGUACCACACUGUGCUGGCGCUCCUUCUAGAGCAAGCCCAGUCAAGCCCACUGUGGAGUUUUCUCCAUUACACUUCAUUCUAGGCUGAAAACUUGCCCACCUUUGAUGAUUUUUUUUCUUAAAUUUGUAAGGAGCAUUAUUUUUUUAAAACUGUCUGAAGUUUUUUACCCAGUGUUAUAUCAGAGUAGGAUGGCAUUAUUGCAUUUUUACUUGGGCCCACAUAUAAGUGCUGAUGUAAGCAUUGUCAGUGGUGGUAUUUUAGUGAGGCAAGGAUACUCUGUAUUGGGAUUUGGGUUGUUUUCAAUAUGCUGGAAACAAAUGGCAAUGAAUGUCAGUGUACAUGUAAUGCAAUAAAGUGCUUUGUGUAACAAACUUGUGCUUGCUGUAUUUGCCGUAUGCUUCAAAAGUUAGGUUGGGUUUCAGCACAUUUUCUAAGUGUUUUCAGUAUUUUUCUGUGUAUAAAUUGUAAUCCUUAAAGAGUUCUGGCAUCUCUUUGGCGUUACAUGAUAAAUCUCUUAGCACAUAGCAAUAUAGGGGUAUUUUUAUGUUCCGUUCCAAGGUCAAAAGGUCCUUACAAAAAUAAUCAGGGAAAAAUUGAUUUAAAGGCAAGAACGGGUGGGGUUUUUUUUUAAGAAGCCUGUUUGGCGUUGGAUUCAAAAGCUUAAGUAUGAGUGUCUUAGAUAAGGUUUAGUUUUACAAAGUUUUGCACAAGGUAGGACUGUUACUUAAAAUCCACUACCCACUCUUUUCUGUGUUCUUUCACCAUUAGAGAGUAUUCCUGUGUAUUUAGAGGGAUAGCUGAUGAUGUGGCUUCCCUCAGUCACAGAAUUGAAAAAGAGAUUGAGUCACUGGGAUCAUUUGUACCAAUCUAGCCUAUUCCAUACAAUAAAAAAUGUCAUCCAUCA